AUGUCUUCCUCAAUCAUUGACCAAAUUAAGCGAAGCGGAGCAGAAUUGAAGGCUCUAUGGAACAAGCUUCCCCAAUUACCUCAGGAAAAGAGCGUUUCAAACAACACCCAAAAUGUAACCUCCAACCUCGAGAAUAAGGCUCAUCGGAGUGUUCAUGAUUCCAUUGAGCAAGUUGUGAGAGGUUUGGAAGAGUGUACCUUGGCAACCUCUCCAAGCUUUGCAAAACUAUCUCCGAGUGAGCUCUUGAAAACGGUUGGUUAUGAAUUAUGGAAUCAAUGCGUUGAGCAGAAUGCAAAGAAAUUUCUUGUGAGUGCCAACUUGGAAGAGUUGCUGAAAGUGCAAAUCAUCAGAGUCCGUAAGGUGGCUUGUCAUGUUAUUGAAAAAUCGAUCAAGCCUUCAACACUUUCCCUCAAAGUGAUACACAACAUGAUGCGAUUGUAUGCUAAAACCGCUCGAGACUAUCUAGUAUUGAAAAAGAGUGUUGCUUCAGCAUCUCAAGGUUCCCAAACACCAAACAAGUUACUCAAGAAAAAAGCGACGCAUGCCCGAGACGAAGAUGGAGAUAUUGAAUUUGAAGAUGUCAUGACAUCCCCAACCAGUAACUCCAAUAAGGAGGGUAUGUACGAGUUUGCUCUGGUUUGUUUUGAGAAGGCUGCAAUUUAUGCCGACAAGUACUUGGAGGCAGCUAAUUCUUUCUCCUCCGAAAACUCAGCGUUAAACAACUCUAUAACGUCAGACGAAGCAUUGGAUAAGAGCACAGACUCGGCUCUGAAUGCCAUCUUGAAUGUUUGUAUUGAUAGGGCUGAUUGCUUGUAUCGAUCGAACAAUGUUCAAGGGGCUUUUGCGGCAAUACAACAAGGAAAGAAGCUCAUUCAUAAGUUACCUCAUGAAAUUCAGCGUAUAGCAAUGAUUGAAUACAAUUAUGCGGUUGACCUUAACAGUCAACUGAGAUACGAAGAUACCAUCCCGUGGUUGAAGGACUCUUUUGAGUUGUAUGAGCUGGUAUCUGAAGGAAAGAGUCUUCAAAAGCAAUCCAGAACUUUGCGUCUUCUCUCCAAUUCAUAUCUUGAAACUGGUAAUUUGGAAAAUGGUCUUAAUUGUAUCACAAUGGCCAACAACAUGUGCAAGACUCCACCAGGAAUAUUUCUAGAAGUAAAAUUUUACGCCAUGUUGCGAAGAGAGGAGCAAGCAGAGAGAAGUCUCCUAGAGUUGAUUCGUCUACCGGAGGCAGGAUUAGAUUUGGCGAUUGCUGCUUGCAAAGAGGUUUUCCAGGCAAAAAUGAUUGACACUACAGCCAAAGGCUACAAGUUACUUCUCGAAUUACAUGCCUCCACAGAGCAGGAGCCUCGAAUUUUGAUACGUUAUUUCGACUUUUUGGUUAAUUCUUCUUCGGAAAUAUCAUGCAUUUCCGAAGAGAUUCAGAAUAUUGUAAAAAGGUUGCUUGCCUUAAAUCAACGCUAUCAAACGAGUACCAUGAUGAAGGCAACCAUGAAAGAAUUCCAAUGUGCACUAUGGAAUAUUGCUUGGAAACAAUUUCAAAAGAAAGAAUACUCCAGUGCCCUAUCGUUCUAUAACCAAUCUCUACAAAUGCUUUCAAUGGAUGACCUUGUAGAUCGAGCCAAAGUACUGCGGUCAAUGGCAAGAUGUCAUCUAGAAGAGGCUAAAAUCUAUGAAGCUCAUUCAUGUGCUGAAAGUGCUGAACAGUUGGAUCCAAAGUCCCUCCAUACUCAUUACUUGAUGUAUCAAAUCAGUGUUCGAAUGAAGAAUGUUGAAAGUGCAAAGAAUUACUUAAAACUAAUGAUGCAAGAUGAAGAUUUUCAAUCACUCUUCUUUGCCAUUGCAGCCCAAGAUGCCUAUAAGGAGGGUAUACAUGAGGUUGCUAUUGAAGCAUUGGAAGGACUCUUGAAAGAAAAUCAAAAGGAUAAGCGCUUGCUGCUCGAGCGAGGUCAAAUUCUAAGAACAUUGACCUAUCUUUCUAUCUUGAUUAAGGACAGAAAUUGCGUUCUCAAAUAUCUGCAAAGGACCAUGCAAGAUUUUCAAACAGAAGGAACUUCACACAUGUUUGCAGCUGAGCAUGAGGAAUCAGAAAUUGAAUGGUUUCAUAGAGUUGCCUGGAAUAGUGCAGGAGAAUGUGUCAAUGAAAGUGAUAUUGAAACGGCAUUCGAAUUCUAUAGGCUUGCAUACAUGUUCUACACAUAUCGAAAUGCUACUCUAGAAACUCUCACCACUCAAAAGUAUUGCUAUCUCAUGAGAAUAUACUGUGCGAUAGAGAUCACACGGAGAAGUGAAGAGUACUCGAGUGGCAUUCAACUCACUCAAAAAAAUAGAGAAAUUUUGCAGAAAGCUCUCGACGAUACUCAGGCUUGCAAGAAAUUGCUUCAAUUACUUGCUCGAGAUUACCACAGAAUUGACUCCAACAAAGACAAGGUUUACCCUCUAAUCCAUUUGGCAGAAAUUCAACUCUUAACCAUGUUGGGAUGUGAUGAGGCCUUAGUCAUAGAUGUCAUUAAUACCACCUUAAAACUUGAUUCAAUUUCAGGUCCAGGUGUAUAUGAAAUGAUAGCAUCCAUUUGUUGUAGUGCCGAUAAUCAUGGUUAUUCGUAUCAGUCUGCAGCAAAGUAUGCUCUACAAAUGGCUCUCAAAAAGAUUUUGCAUGGAAACUCGACCAAUUAUUCCAAAGCACUUUCACUCUAUACUCUGAUUAUUCAAAUUUGUAGAACUAGAGAGGAGAGUUAUACAGUCUUUGAGGAGGUCCUAAAAUUAUUGAAUCAACUCAAACCAAACGAGCAAUUCAUCCAAAGUGAGCACAACACUUUUGUGUGGUUUUGCACUGAAUCAUGGAACAAUGGAGUGUAUUAUUACAAGCUUUUGAAAAAUGACAAGGCUCAAGAGUGGAUGAAGUUGAGUGUUAAAUUGUGUUGUUAUCUGAGUCCAGAGGAAGAAGUGGUCAAAACUAUUACUGAGAGAUAUGCUAUUGCAUUUGAGAGACUCUCUAAUUGA